CGUCUGAAAUAUUUUCACGAAUCUGUCGAGCGGCUUCGCAUAUCCUAGAGGUGCUAUUGAAGCAGGCGUUUCCCGUAGCAACAAAACGUCGCCUCGAGGCUUUUCGAGUUCCCUCUGGUGUACGAAAAGCGUUCCCUCGUUGACUUUUUCACGACUACGCGCGUCGUGUACUCAACUGUUGAUAGCAGCCGAGUGCCCUCAACUACCAUGGGGUACCUCCGCGGUUGGGUACCAUUCCAACCCAUGGUCUUCUACGUCCUCCUCAGUUUGAGCGACAAGCUUCAAGCCCCUUACGAGUAUGACGUGUACAGGUUCGCCCACUUACCCAUCGAGCAGAUCACGUACGUGUUCGCGGGAGGCGCCAUUGCCUCGCUGCUGGCGGACGUCUUUGCUCGGCCCAUUGCGCGACGUGUGGGUUGGAAGAUCUCCGGAGCUCUUCUUCUACUGAUGCUGGUCCAUUCGUGCGUGUUGAAGUACGCGGAAGAUCCUCGGAGUCUGAUCACGAGCAAGAUUCUCGCCAGGGUUGGACUGAUCACGAUAUUCCCUCUAGCAGUGGGCCAGUUCCACCCGUUGUGCGUCCCCGGCGAACUGUUCGUCAUAUUGACUAUCGGGGUGACUGGUAUGUUGGCUGGCUUCGUGGGCACGAUCGUCUGCGACAUUGUGUAUUUUCAGCCGACUCAGAUGUUCUUCUACGCCUACAUCGUGCUCAUCGCCACUUUAGUGGUUCACGGGGUUGGAGGAUCGUCCCAACCCAUAAAGCGUCUGACGCCGCCUGGCUUUCAGGACCCGAUUAUCAACAACGUAGUGGCGACUUUGAGUUUUGCGUUUUGGACGACUAGUACGGUGGUGGAGAUGUACUGGUCGCCGCUGUGCCGCGGAACCGCUCUUCAGGUCGGAAUGGUCUACGCGAUCUUCUGUCUCUGUCAGGUGCUGGGAAACUGCACGCAUAAGAUCUUCGUGUUGCAGGAGACGUCUUAUAGGUAUGCGCUAACUAUGUCCACGAUGUUGGCUUCGAUCGGAAUGUUCUUCGCUUUUGUGGGCUGUUUUGUGUACGCGAAGGGGACUGUCGUUUUCAUAAUGUCCUUGUUCACGUAUCAUUUCGCCGUUGGCAUGCUGGGGUCUGUCAUGAGGAACAUCCGGUGUCAGACAUCUGUGUCCUCGUUCAAGGAGUCCGUCUGCAGGAGUCUCGGCCGCGUGGCCGGAGCCGGCUUGAUUCUGUACGGUGACCUGUCGGAGCUUAAGACGCGCAAUGUGUUCAUGGUAUUAUUUGUCAUCAUGUUCUUGACCAUUUGGUACGUGCAGUUUCAAUUGGCGGAGUGGAAAAGACCGAAGACUGAGAAGGUGCUGCGUGUUUAUGAGUGAAAGCAUUAAAAGUUUGGAACUGUUGAA